AUGCCAUUUAUAAAGGACGGUGAAAUUAUUGAAAAAGAUAAUACAACCGUAUAUAGGUCUGUUUAUGAAGCAUUAGAAUAUAUGUUGAAUCAUAACCCAAAAAGAUUUGACCCAAGCACUACACCAUGUGCAAUGCCUUUUAUUAAGGACGGUGAAAUCGUAAGAGUUCCGGAUUCAACGGUUUACACAGCUGUUCAAAACAGUUUACAAAACAUUUUAGCGAAUAUCUUUAAUUCAGAAACUACAGAAAUAAAAUUACCAUAUAUAACAGAUGCUAAAGAAAUUAAAUCAAAAACGACAACAUUAUUUACGUCACUUAAUGAUUUAAUGACUUAUAUCAUUAAUAUUCCUGCACCAACUACAGGAUUUGAUCCAAACUCGACGGUUUGCAGUGUACCUUUCAUAAAUGACAGUUCAUUAAUUGCUUUAAGGGAUUCGACAGUAAAUGAAUCAUUAAAGGCGUCAUUAAUGAAAAUCAUUGAUUUUAACUCAUUCACGAAUACAUAUAAUUCAUUCAUUAAUGUUUCAUAUGCUUCUAAAGAAGGUGAGCCAAAAACUAUCGAUAAAGCGGUGUAUGAAAUAAAAGCAUCAACGACGAAAUUGAAUUCGUUAACUUUUGACGGUGAUAGUUUCGUUAAUGACAUAACAUCAGGGAAAACAAUUUUAACGAAAGAAUAUUUAAAAUCUCAUGUUAGUGAGUUCGUUGAAAUUGAAAAAGAAGGUGGAAUUAAGUUCGAUCCACUGAAUUUCAUUUUCAGCUUAGCGAAUGCAGGAAUUAAUUUUGCUGAAUGGACAACUAUACAGAGUGAAAUAAAUGCAAUAUGGACGUUUUUGGGGUCAAAAGCGGGCAUGGGUGAGCUUGUAAAUGCUGCAAGAACAUUAGGUGAAACAGGAAAUUUUGUAG